CGGGAGCCGGGCUCCGGGGCUCGCUUGGGCGCUCUCCCUCCGUGGGAGUCGGGGCUGGAGGGGAAGGGGCCGCCCAGGGAGCCGUGCGCGGACCUGGCGCUGCUCCUUCCAUCUUCCCAACGGGCCCCUCACAGCCCCGCGGCCCGGGCCGCCCCCCACACGGCAGGCAGAAGAAGCGGGUUAAAUUCCCGCGCGGGGCGGACGCUUAGGGGGCGGGAUCCGGGCAGGCCGGUGGCGGAGGCAAGCGGGGCUUUUCCUUCCCGCCGCGGGCAGUGGUCCCCGGGCCAGCUCCGUGGGGAGCCGUCCAGGGCCCCGCUCCUCCCCCUGCUGCCGGGGCCCGCUCGCCCGGCCCCUCCCGGGGAGGAGGAAAUCAGCUGCUGUCCCUUUAACAGGCGCUGGCGCUGAGCGGAGUUCAGGCCGGGGUCAGGGGGAGUUCGCAGCCCGGCCGUUACCUUUGCGCCUAGCCGUGCGCCGGCGGCACAUGCUGCCUCCUGCGCUGCGCCCCGGAGCGGCCGCCGGGCCUGGCACGCAGGGCGCAGCGAGCGCCGAGAGAGGCAGCGCCUUGGCAGCACAGCCCGUGGAGCUGGCAUGGGCCGGAGGCGCCGGCUGGCGGCGGGAGCUCGCGGCGGAGACCCAGGGGCUGAGGUUGCUGCUCACGGGAGAUGAGAGUCCGCAGAGACCUCGGCUGGCUGGCGGAAGCGACGGAGCCCCCAGGUGGCGGGGGGAGCCCCAUGCUGGAGGCCAUGGAGAUGCCGAGCCACUCGAGGCAGCUGCUCCUGCAGCUCAACACGCAGCGGCCAAGGGCUUCCUAUGCGACGUGAUCAUCGUGGUGCAGAACGCGCUGUUCCGGGCGCACAAGAACAUCCUGGCGGCCAGCAGCGCCUACCUGAAGUCGCUGGUGGUGCACGACAACCUGCUCAACCUGGACCACGAGAUGGUGAGCCCGGGGGUCUUCCGCCUGGUGCUGGACUUCAUCUACACCGGCCGCCUGGGCGAGUGCGAGCCCGGGGAGCAGGGCCUAGGCGCGGUGCUGGCGGCCGCCAGCUACUUGCAGGUGCCGGCCCUGGUGGCUCUAUGCAAGAAGAAACUGAAGCGGACGGGCAAGUACUGCCACCUGAGAGGCGGCUACAGCCCCUACGGCAAGAUGGCCAGGGGGCUGCGGGCUGCCACCCCCGUCAUCCAGACCUGCUACUCGGGUGCCCCCCGGCCUGUGGACAUGCAGCCUGGCGAGCCCCACAACCCCCUCAGCACGCAGUGCGGGGAGCUCUAUGCCUCUGCCUCCCAGGGCACCGCCCUGCACCAGCCUGGGCUGUGCCCACCCGAGAGGCACUGCUCCCCCCCCUGCGGCCUGGACCUCUCCAAAAAGAGCCCCACCAGCCCUUCCUCCCAGCUGCUGCCCACAGACAGACUCCACCCGGGGGACAGCAGGGAGCCCUUGCUGCCCCCCGGGCACGACAGCCCCCCGGGCAGCACUUCCCUGCUGGUCAACCACAGCUCUGCCUACAAAGAGCCACCCCAGGUGGGUGAAGGCGUGAUCCACCCUGCGGAGCGCUUCCGUGGCAGCCCGCCCUGUGCCGAGCCCCUUGCCCGGGCCGAAGGCCGCAACUUCCUGUACCGCUGGAUGAAGCACGAGACCCCGGGCAGCUACCUGGAGGAGUGUGAGGCGGAGAAGGAGCCUGAGCAGGAGGAGAAAGCCGAGUCGCCCCCACAGUCCCGCUACCCCAGCAUCGAGAGCAACGAGCUGGAGAAUGACAACAGCACCAGCGAGGACACGGGCAGCAGCGAGGGCCCAUCCCCCGGGGGCACCCUGGGCCCCUACUGCAGCCACCUGGCCUAUGAGCCUGAGAGCCUGGGGGACAACCUGUACGUGUGCAUCCCCUGCGGCAAGGGCUUCCCCAGCUCGGAGCAGCUCAACGCCCACGUGGAGGCCCACACCGAGGAGGAGCUGUACCACAAGGCGGCCUCGGAGCAGGCCGGCCCCUUCCUGGACAAAGGUGGCCAGAGCCUGGGUGACAUCAUCCGGCCCUACCGCUGCUCCUCCUGCGACAAGGCCUACAAGGACCCGGCCACGCUGCGGCAGCACGAGAAGACGCACUGGCUCACGCGGCCCUACCCCUGCACCAUCUGCGGCAAGAAGUUCACGCAGCGCGGCACCAUGACGCGGCACAUGCGCAGCCACCUGGGCCUUAAGCCCUUCGCCUGCGACGCCUGUGGCAUGCGCUUCACCCGGCAGUACCGGCUCACCGAGCACAUGCGCAUCCACUCGGGCGAGAAGCCCUACGAGUGCCAGGUGUGCGGCGGCAAGUUCGCCCAGCAGCGCAACCUCAUCAGCCACAUGAAGAUGCACGUGGCCGGGCCCGACGGCAAGUCCAAGCUGGACUUCCCUGAGAGCGUCUUCGCCAUGGCGCGGCUCACGGCCGACCAGCUGGGCCUCAAGCAGGAGAAAGCGGCCGAGCUGCUGUCGCACACCUCACACUUCCUCAGCGACCCCAAGGGCCUGGAGAGCCUGUACCCGCUGGCCCGGUUCACAGCCGAGCACCUGGGGCUGAGCCAGGAGAAGGCAGCCGAGAUGCUGGGGCCAAGCCCACUGCUGCAUGGCGACCGGACCAUAGAGCGCUAUUCCCCCACCUAAUGGGGUGGCGCAAGACCCCCAGGGCCGCCCACUGCAGCUGGAGCCAAAGAGGCCACAUGGAUGCUGGGUCUGCAGAGCCCGCGCGCGGUUCCCUCCCCAGAUGGACUCUCUGUAGCAUUUGGGGAGUGGGAAUUAUUUUCCCUGAAAAUGUGGAGUGGUGGAGAUCUUCUGCCUCCCCCCACUUCAUGGGGACAGACCAGACAAGCCAAACAGCGCGGGAAGGCCAAGCCCCUUGCUGAGGGUCCCACACGAGUGGUGCUGUUGUGGGGCUAGGAGUAAUGUGCUGCAGGGGUGGGGCUGUGUUUCAGCUGGGCUAUGGCUUGGUGCGAAUAGUAAGGUGGUGGUGGGGGGCUGUGAUCAAACCCCACUUAUUGGCCCACGGCCUCCAUCUCCUCUUACGUCCUGUCAUAGCUGCUGCCAGGAGCUGUGCCCAGAUACAAUGCAGUCUGUACCGUGCCCUUGCCUUACCUGGCACAGCCACCAAGUGCCCAGCAGGGGCUGGUGCUUUCCCAGCACAAGGAAAAUGUGAACCUGCCUCCUACCUCAGGAGCCAGUUGCUCCCCUCCCUGGGACUCAAGAGGGCCAUGGCAGUCUUCCUCCCGCAGCCUCCCUGCUGCAGACGGGCCCAGUACGAGCACAAUAACCCAGCUCUAUGCCCACUGCUUAAAUCUUCCUCCCCUGCCUCCUGCCCCCAGUCCUAGGCUGCCUCUGCUCAGGCCCCCUUGGAGCCCAGCUUCCCAUGGCACCAGGCCCAGAGCAGCUCAGGGCUCAGCGAGGGACACAGAGAUUUGCUGUUGAAGCAACUGCAGCUCUGCUUUGUGCCUCAAUGAAAAUUGGGCUUUUGCAGCUGCCUUCAGCUGGGAUCCCCCUAGCUUUGCUCACCAGCCUGAACUCUGGCUCGAGAGUGCAGCCCAGCCUGCUGCAAAUGCAAAGGGGCCCCUCAAUUGUCCAGGGCUGUCAUGUCCACUGGGCACUGGCUGCACCCUAGCCAGGAGGGGCUGUCAGUGCCUGCUGCAGGGAACAUGAGCCUGUCCUGCCUGGCUCGACCCUUGGUAGCAUGGGCGGUGGGCAGCAGGAACAGAUCUUACCCAGAGUAGGCUUGUCCCAGCAGCUGCAGCUGGGCGCUGCCUGUCUUUGGAGGAGCUGCGGCCACCACUCAGGACGGAGCUGCACAGGGGCACAGCUUUGUCCAGCAGCUGGAUCCCUGCUGGGUAUAGCAGGAGCAGCAGAAGGGUUUAAUCUUCUGAGGCCUCUGCAGGAAUCUCUACACCUUGGCCCAGCAACCCGUCAGAGCCUGGCCUGGUGCAUGCCUCCUGCUACAGAACCCUGGUUGGGGCAGCUCCUCUCCCAGCUGUGACUGCAGCUGGGCCUGGCUCCCAAAGAUCUUCCUGGGCCCACCUCACUGAGCAGAAACCAAACCAACCACCUGAGGAGGAGACCCAGUCCCCACACCCUCGCUGUACUCAGGGAUGGCCCCAGUGUCCUGCCUGACCCAGGCCAGGCCCAGCUGCCUCAGAGGAGAAUUCCUGCGCUGGGCGAUUCCUGAGGAACCUAAGCCCAGAGUUUCCUCCACCCUUCCCCAGUCGCUGGUGGGAGGGAGCGUGGAUCUGGGGCCCAGGUGGCCCUAAACUGAGCCCCUGGGAUGCAUCCCUCCCCACCCUCCAGUCUCUGCUCUGUGGGAUCUCAGGUGGGGACCUUGCUGCUGUUUCUCUAGGGGUCUCUGCUGGGAGGUGGGCCGGAAGCAUGAGGACAUGGGAGCAGUUUGUUAAACCCCAACUGAGCUUUCCCAGGGGUGGGCCCCCCUCCUGCCUUACUAGGCUGCAGCGGGAGGCCUGCCCCCUCCCAUGGCUGGUGCCCAGGCAGAGCAGGGCUCCAGGCCACAGAGCAUGCAGGCAGGGGGCCGGGCUGCUCUCCUUGUACCAAAGGGCUUUGUCCCUGCGCUAGGGCAUCUCCCCGUCCCUCAAACAGGUCUGGUGGGAGGCCCCCUCCCCUCUGCUCCCCAGAGGCUCAGUCCUGGCCCAGGAGCUUGUGACAAAGACAAGAUCACCCAGUCACCUGCUUUGUGGUGCCAGGGAGAGGAAGCAGCUGCCUUGCUUGGCACCGCUGGGCAGCAGGGCUCUGCCAUGCUCCGGCAGGUGAAGCCCGCUGGGGGCAGUGCAGGGGCCAAUGACACUGAUGGGGUGAGCAGGUAGGUCUCUGGCCUGGUGGCCAAUGGGGACAGGUGCUGCAUGCAGGUGCCCCCUUGCCCUGCCUGAUAGCGCACUGAGCUCAGGCCGGCCGGGCUGCACUGGGCAGGCAGAUCCUCCCUGCACUCCUGGGUUAAUGGGGCACAAGAGCCAGGUGCUGCCACUCCCGGAGCCCUGCUUGGGGCCUUCCUUGCUCUGUCCAGACUGGGCCACCAAAGCCAUAGA